AUGCCCAGCAAAAGCGCCGUAGUGAGCCGGCUACUUGGCCCCUUGCCGUUUAUAGCAAUCGCCACCACCCCCAUUUGCAUUUCGACGGGCAUGUGGGAGGCACCACUGCAAAACCACCCUCGUGAGGCUCGAGACACUAGCCACGCGAAAAUUGGAGAUUCCGAGUUGGGGAAAAAAGAGCCGGGUGUCGAGGAAUCAUGGGUUCCAAGUCAAGUCGGCAUGCGUUAG